GSUUUGUUCGGUUCAGACGUCUCUCAGCAGCUCGCAAAUUCAAACGACGAAAAUGAGCGACCAGCUUUGUAAGCUUUUUGUCGGUGGGCUGAACGUGGACACCGACGACGAUGGCCUGCGCAAACACUUCGAGCAGUACGGUUCCCUGACCGACUGCGUUGUCGUCGUGAACAAGCAGCUCCAGCGCUCCCGCUGUUUCGGCUUUGUGACGUACUCCACGCCGGAGGAGGCCGACUCGGCCAUGGCUGCCAGGCCGCACACCGUCGACGGAAACACGGUCGAGGUGAAGCGAGCAGUCGCGAGGGAAGACGCAAACAAGCCCGAGGCUCUCGCUAAAGUGAAGAAAAUCUUCGUGGGCGGCCUGAAAGACGACAUCGAAGAGCAGCAUUUGACCGAUUAUUUCUCCCAGUACGGCCCGGUCGAGAAGUCCGAGGUGAUCUCGGAGAAGGAGACCGGAAAGAAGAGGGGAUUCGGCUUUGUGUACUUCAGCGACCACGAUGCUGCCGACAAAGCGGUCGUGGUGAAAUUUCACACCGUGAAUGGACACAAAGUUGAAGUGAAGAAAGCCCUGACGAAACAAGAGAUGCAGGCGUCCAGCAGACCCGGAAUGGCGCCGAGGGGAAGAGGCAGAGGAGGCAUGCGAGGAAAUCAAAAUGGCUACGGCGGCAGAGAUUAUGGCGGAAGCUACAGCUAUGGAAAUGGCGGAGGCUAUGGCGGCUACGGAGGGUACGGCGGCGGGCCCUAUGGGGGUGGCUACGGCGACCAGGGUAGCGGCUAUGGCGGUGGAAACGGCUACAACGACUUUGGCAGUGGUUAUGGCCAGCAUUCUUCUGGUUACGGUCCCAUGAAGGGGCCUUUCGGUGGCCAGAGGAGCGCAGCCCCAUACUCUAGAGGCGGCGGCGGUGGCGGCUACCCCCGGGGGGGCUACGGUGGCGGCGGCUAUUAAGUGAAACUGUACAGCGGAAACAACCACCCACCCUCAUUUCCUGCCACAAGAAUACACCCAGCCAAGAUUUGGACGCAAAACUCGGUGUCGGGGCGUCUGCCGUGAAAUCCCACCAUGGCAGAGACCGAGACACCCCUUCCCAUCAACCCUAACCAAGACCUCAAAUACCCCAAACAGGUAGGAAGGUCACUUCCCAGAACACCUGGUUAUAACAAGCAGCUGUUGCUGUUCAUCUAGGACACAAAUGAAGAAUUACAAUUGCAGGUCCCGUUUUAUGUACCCAUUACCCACCAGUGUGGUUAUCAUUUAGCGUUGAAUUAUUAUUUUUUUUAUUUGCGUUCACUUGUUUUCGAUGCAGGAUUGUUUAUUGGGUGAAAGGUUCCUAUUUUACUCUMAAUUUUUAAGCAGUUUAAUUGGAUUUUGUUUAGAGUACAUUUAGUGUAUUUCUGUUCUAUGUAUGAUAAUGAGAAUGCAUGUUUGGUUAGAUAUGUCAUUCUGGCUAUUGUUUUUGUAUCAUUUUUUCCAGUAAUAGGCAAACAGUGAAUCCAUAAGAUUUUAGUUCACCAGUCUGUACCCAAAAAAAAAAAAAAAAAAAAAUCUCAGUAGUAAUAGUGUCAGUUUAAAUAUUGUUAAUUUUCCAUUACCUGUCCCACUAUCAAAUGUAUAUUGUAUUAUUUCAUGUCUGGAGAACAAAACCUAUUGUUGAAACACUUUGGUAUGCCUAUGUAUGUUCAUUUUAAAUAAAACCUUCUACCACUUAGCUUAGUUAUCUUACUUAUUUAACCAGGCUUCCUCAAGUUUAUUCACAGGUUCUUAUGCCAACGUUGAUUUAGUGUACAUGGCAUCAUUUCCAGUUUAUUCCUUUUUACAUUCAGGUGGGUGAAAUGGUUACAGUCUACCCACAGCCGAUGCAUGUAGGCUUUGUAGGGUGUGACUUAUUUUAAAUUUAUGGUGUUUUUUUUCUACUUGUUUCUACACUAUAUAUGUGGACGAUGAGGGGUGUGAUAAUUAUCUUUGAUUAUUCCUAUAUUUAGGUGUUCUUACUUGUAUUCCAGUAGGCUAUUCCAGCCAAAAUAGCCGUAGCAGUUUGUUUGUAGGCUACAUCAGGACCCUGUUGAUUACCUGGGGUCGAUUGUGAUAGGAGUCUGAAAUAUCUCUUUAGGAUAUCCACAUCCAGCAAACUAGGUAUGUAAAUCAACCUGUCUUCACUCUGUGUUGGUCAACAAUGUAUGGAAUAUAUUUAAGAUGGUACGCAAGUGUACCAYUGUUUAAUCUUAAAUGGGAUAAAUACGCCUUUUUUUAUAGCUAAACUUAAAAUAUUGAUCUACAUAUUUGGGAUGGCUUUAAUUUGGUCUCUGCUAUGAACUUGAGGUGGGUGGAAAGUGGGGGGACACACGCUUUGUUCCACAAUUGAGUGAAAUUAUGGAACGAGUAAAAUGGUGUCUCCUAAGAAGUUUUUCUUUUUUCUCUGSCUCAUUUGUGUGUUUUCUCCCACUUUCUCCAGGUUGCUACUGUAACCUGGACAAGAAGGACAUCACCCUGAAUGUGAUGGGGUGAGUCUCCAUGCUGGUGGGACCCAGGAGUGGUUGGCGUGGCUUUCUACUCCUCAGGUUUUGUGCUUGACGAUUUCCGAUGUUUCCAUAGGACGAUGAAAUUAUGUUGGAUGUGUUUUUUGUGAAUGCACAAUAAAUUUUUAUAUUUUA